AUGACAGUCACAAAUGGCAUCAGGCACAUCCAGGAUCCUCCAGAACCCAUCGCCAUCGUUUCUGCGGCCUGUCGACUACCAGGGCAUGUGAACAGUCCGCACAAAUUAUGGGAACUCCUCCAGUCUGGCGGCACUGCCGUUUCCAACGAGGUGCCAAAAUCUCGUUUUAGCUCCGAGGGACAUUUCGACGGGUCAGGUAGGCCUGGAACCAUGAAAGCUCUGAGUGGCAUGUUUAUCGAAGAUAUCGACCCUGCCGCCUUCGAUGCUUCCUUUUUCAACAUCACCCGGGCUGAUGCUAUCUCUAUGGAGCCUCAGCAGCGUCAGUUACUUGAAGUAGUGUACGAGUGCUUCGAGAAUGGGGGUAUACCAAUUGAGGAAGUGAGUGGGAAGGAAAUUGGCUGCUAUGUCGGCAGCCUAAACGGCGAUUAUCAUGACAUGCAGAUGCGGGACCCCGAGCAAAGAAUGGCAGGUCAUGCGGUUGGUACAGGUCGUGCCAUACUAAGUAACAGAAUUAGCCACUUUUUCAAUCUACAAGGAUCAAGUUUCACAAUUGAUACAGCUUGCUCGAGCGGCCUUGUGGGGGUUGAUGUAGCCUGUAAAAACCUCCGGGCAGGCACAUUAAGCGGCGCAGUCGUGGCGGGUGUCAACCUCUGGUUAUCACCAGAACAUACCGAGGAAAGGGGCACUAUGCGGGCAGCAUAUUCAGCAAGUGGCAAAUGCCAUACGUUCGAUGCGAAGGCUGAUGGUUAUUGUCGAGCGGAGGCGGUAAAUGCUGUGUACUUGAAACGAUUAUCAGAUGCUGUGAGGGACGGCGACCCUAUCCGUGCAUUGAUUCGCGGGACAGCAAGCAACAGCGACGGGUGGACUCCCGGAAUCAACAGCCCCAGCUCCGAAGCUCAAGCGGCAAUGAUACGCGAAGCUUAUAAAAAUGCCGGUAUUGACAAAAACCACUAUAUCGAGACCGGAUACCUUGAGUGUCACGGAACCGGCACACCCGCGGGAGAUCCUCUUGAGGUCAAAGGUGCGGCGUCAGUGCUUGCUCACAUGCGCCCACAUACAGAUCCGUUGAUCAUCGGCUCAGUGAAGAGCAACAUUGGGCACUCGGAGCCAGGGGCAGGUCUCUCAGGACUCAUCAAGGCUAUGCUGGCUGUGGAGGAGGGUAAAAUCCCUGGAAAUCCAACUUUUUUCAACCCGAAUCCUGCGAUCAACUUCGAUGACCUCCGGGUGCAUGCCACACGACCAGGUAUUGCGUGGCCCAAAGAAUCACAUCACUACCGACGUGCAAGCGUCAACUCCUUUGGUUUUGGUGGCUCCAAUGCACACGCAAUCUUAGACAAUGUGGAUCACUACCUUGCAAAACAUCACACAUUCCCAAAGCUACCCAAAUCUCAUGUCAGCUCAUUUAUAAAUUUGUCCGACAUGCUUUCCCUCUUUGACGGGCUUCAAUCUUCCAAAACGGUCACUCAGCGCCCCCAAGUACUGGUCUUCUCGGCCAAUGAUAUGGAUUCGCUGAAACGCCAAAUAAUGACCACUUCGGCCCAUCUACUCAAUCCUCGAGUCAAAGUUAAGCUUUCAGAUCUCAGCUUUACACUUUCGGAUCGGCGAUCCCGCCAUUUUUGCCGUGCAUUUCUAUUAGGCUAUCCAACAAAAAGUGGACAUGCCAGUAAGCUCGCGAUAGAGGAUGCUCAAUUCUCCAAGACACCACAAGAGGAGGCCAGAAUUGGCUUUGUAUUCACCGGACAGGGCGCCCAGUGGUCCAAAAUGGGUGCAAAGCUUGUCGAAACAUUCCCGGUAACCUCCAAGCGGGUCCUCGAGGAAUUGGACAAAGCGCUACAAGAAUUGCCAUUAGACAUUAGGCCAGAGUGGUCACUGCAGGAGGAACUCACUCAAGCGCGAUCCUCUGAGCGCCUUAGCCAGCCAGAAUUCUCCCAGCCUCUCGUCACAGCUCUACAGCUUACACAACUAGCCGUGCUGGAGUCCUGGAAUGUUCGCGCAGAAGGCGUUGUCGGUCACUCUUCUGGUGAAAUAGCGGCUGCGUGCAGUGCCGGGUUCAUCACGCCUAGACAGGCCAUUCUCAACGCAUAUUUCAGAGGGAUUGCGGGUAAGAGUGUGCUAUCGACAAGCCGAAAAGGUAUGAUGGCUGUUGGGCUGAGCGCAAAGGAUGUACAGUCUUACAUUGAUGACGCCAAUGUCUUCAAAGACGAUGUGGUAAUUGCUUGCUAUAACAGCCCUGCUAGUGUCACUAUAUCCGGAUCGGCCUCCAGCUUGGCAGAAGUGGAAGACCGAGUCAAGGCAGCCGGACAUUUUGCUCGAAUUUUGAGAGUUGAAGUGGCAUACCACUCACAUCAUAUGACUGAGAUCGCCGACCGCUAUGAGAAGCUGUUGAUUGAGCACGGUGGGUUAGAGGAAUGUGGCAAGGUCACUCCGGUUUCGAAAUAUAUGAUAUCAACUGUGACUGAGAAUGAAGUUACUGGAAGCGAAGUUUGCACCGCGGCAUAUUGGAAAGCGAACAUGCUGUCGCCCGUCCGAUUCGAUGGAGCUUGCACCAAGAUGAUAAAAAGCAACAAACUCUCUCCAAACUUCCUCCUAGAACUGGGACCAAGCAACACACUUGCAGGGCCAGUCACCCAGAUUGCCAAAGCAGCGAAGACUGACCAGUUGACGUACGCCGCAACAAACAAGCGUGGCGAAGUCGACAGCUGUCGUGCUAUGUUUGACGUUGCAGGCCACCUGUUCCUACAGAAUGCCAGAUUUUCAUUGGGCAAAGUGAACAUCUGUGAAGGUUCACCGAAUGAGGUCAAGCCUGCGGUGAUCGUCGACCUGCCCAACUACCAAUGGAAACAUUCCAUUCAAUACUGGCACGAGAGUUUAGCUAGUAAAGACUGGAGGUUCAAGAAAUUCCCAGCGCACGACUUACUUGGUAGCAAAGUCCUCGGCACUCUGUGGCAGAGCCCUUCAUGGCACCGAUUGCUCCGUCUGUCAGAUGUGCCUUGGCUACGCGACCAUCAAAUUGGAUCCGAGAUACUCUUUCCCGCUGCUGGCUAUAUUACAAUGGCCAUGGAAGCUGUUCGUCAAACAGCUCUCUCAACUGCCACAACUUCAGAGUAUGAUAUCCUGAAGACAAAGAAUUACCGUUACUGCCUUCGGGAUGUACAAUUCCCACGAGGAUUGGUGCUUGAGGAUGACGUGGAGGUCCAUGUCAUGCUCUUGCUGGUUCCCAUGCCGAAGUUGGGGCAGGAAUGGUGGGAGUUCAAAAUCACAUCUCUGGUAGAAUCGAGUUCAAUCGCAUCAUCAUCCUCCCCAGCCCCGUCUCCCGAGAAAUGGAAGAUCAAUUCAAGCGGACUGGUCCGGUUGGAGCUGAAUCCCGGUCCAGCAUUUUCCCAUGCAACAGAGGAUAUCUUCAGCUUGCCUUUGAAUAACCCGACGCCUGGACAGAUGUGGUACAAGUCUAUGAAGGAUGCGGGGUACGCCUAUGGUCCCGACUUCCAGAAGCUGGUGGCUGUGGAGAGCAUGGAGGGAAAAUCAAGGUCACGCUCCCUCAUCUCUUUGACCCCUCCCAGAACCAAGUGGGAACCGCAGUCCGAGUAUGCAGUACAUCCAGCUCCUCUGGACAGUGUUCUUCAGAGCAUGUUUACCUCGCUUCACCGUGGCAAUCGUAGUAAACUGGAGAACGUGCUCGUCCCCAGAAGCAUCGGUGAGGUGACUGUCUCUUCCCACACCUGGAAGUCAGGAGAAGCAGUAUCAGUGACCACUUCCAGUAACGCGUCGGGAGACGCGUCUUUAUACGAUCCUGUCAGUGGCUCUCUGAUCAUGCAGCUGAAUGGCUUGUCAUUCACCCCUCUGUUGGAUGGUCGGGAUAGCGUUUACAUGUCACACACAUAUACUCAGCUGAUGUGGAAACCAGAUUUCCAGCAUCUGGAUACUGAUGAGAAGCUUCGACAAGCAAUGUUAGGUGACGACAAUUCGAAGCCUCACAUACAGCAGAUCCUUGAUUUGGCAGCCCACAAGGCCCCAAACUUGACGGUUCUCGAGGUCAACCUCGUGCCCGGUAGCACAGAAUCUCUGUGGUUUGCUAGCGAUGAAACACCACGUCCGGUUCGGACAGCCCUUACCGAGUUCCACUUUGCUUCUAACAAUGCAGAAAAUGUGCUCAGCGCCCAAGAAAGAUAUGCAGAGUGGCCAGCAGCGCGAGCCUCCCGCUACAGUGUGCUUGAUCCCUUCAGCAAAACUUUUACCAUGCCAGCGGGAAGUUCCAAAUUCGAUCUCGUGGUCAUUCACUGGUCUCAAGACAACUACUCUGGUAGCCUGGAGACACUCGCGGCCAACUUGCGGCGCCUUAUUUCGGAAGGCGGCAAUGUGGUGUUCUACGACUCCAACCUUUCCAGUUCGACCGAAGACAACCAGAUGAACGAGGGUAGCCCCUUCUAUGCAUUGCAAAAUCUUGGUCUUAUCAAAGUUCGCCAAACUACCAGUGGCAGUUGUAUCGUUGCAGAGGUAGCGCCUGAAGAGGUUCCCUCACCCAGCAAUAAUAACAAAAUAUUUGUCGUGCGUUUCUCAUCUGCGGAAUCCACCAUCAUGGAUGACACCAUUUCGCAGCUCCGAGCAAAGGGUUGGGACCUCGAUGAGAUUCAUAUCAACAAUCAAUCUGAUGGCAAGCUUUCGGCACUCGCCCCCGAGUCGACGGUUCUCGUUCUUGACGAGCUGGCUCGACCUUUGCUUGCUACAGCAACGGGGGAGGAAUGGAGCACUGUCCAGACAAUAAUUCAAAGAGAGUGUAAUUUGGUCUGGGUGACACAGGGCUCCCAGAUAACCCCCACUACACCACUCAAUGCUGUUGCUCAUGGUGUUUUCCGCACUGUCCGUGCCGAGGUACCUAUGAUCCGUAUAAUCACUCUGGAUGUCGAGUCAGCUUCACCGGGCAAUCUGGGCACAAAUGCGAUCGCCAUUAAUACAGCUCUCCUAGAAGUUAAUUCACCGAAGGAGCGAUUCAUUCCAAUUGAACGCGAGAUUGUUGAGCGUGGCGGUUUGUUGUACGUCAGCCGCGUGUGGCCCGAUGCUGGGGUGAAUAAACGCAAGGUGGAAGACAACGCAGGGGGACCACCAUCUCGCUUAACCAAUUUCCAUGACUCGAAGUCUACCAUUAGCUUGGUGACAAGCAGACCUGGUAGUUUGGACGCGCUCCACUUUGCGGAGCAGCCUAAAAGUCAGGUCAUCGGGCCAGAGGAGGUUGAGGUUGAGUUAUUCGCCUCCGGCUGCAACGCGAGAGAUGUCGAUGGGGCCAUGGGUUCCGUCCAUGGAGACUCAGGCAAGCUUGGCUUAGAGGGGGCUGGCGUGGUCGUCCGCGUGGGCGAGUCCGUCAGCACUCGCCAUGUCGGUCAGCGGGUGGCAGUGUUUGGCAACGGGUGCUUUUCGAACCGAGUCAUCGUUUCAUGCAAGACUACCUUCACUUUGCCUGACAAUUUGUCAUUUGAGGAUGCAGCCACUCUACCAGUCGCCUUUAUAACUGGUAUUUACGCACUCCGUCGUCUCGCGCCUGUACAGAGAGAGGAUCGAGUCUUGGUGCAUUCGGCUUUCACAUCUGUUGGCAUCGCUUGCGUCCGUCUUUGUCAGAGUUCAGGUUGUGACACUUUUGUGACGGUGAGCAGCUUAGAGCAGCGGCAGUUCUUGGCUCAAGAGCUUGCGUUGCCGGAAGAUCAUAUCUUCGCGUCGGAGUCCACCACACUUCUUCGCGCACUGCAUAAUGUAACCGACGGCCACGGAUUUGAUGUUAUUAUCAGUCAACCUAUGAAUGGAAAUCUGGACUACGAAGAUGGGCGAUUGCUUGCCCCUGGCGGACGGCUCAUCAAGAUAACGAAUGGAGGUCUCGAUACUGGCAAGUUGCUAUCCACAGGAUCGCUCGCUGCCAACUGUUCUUUCCAAAACUUAGAUAUAAUGGCUUUGCCACACAACACCAUUGAAUCUGUCUUCUCGGAACUAUCUCAGCUCACGGCAGAUGGCCACUUGCCGCCCUUAUCACCAAUCACAUGUCUCAGCUAUGACGAGAUUCCGACAGCACUUGGACUUCUUCGUGAGGGCUUGCAUAUCGGAAAGAUCGUUAUAUCAGACGAUCUUGGUGCGAGCCUUGCUAUUCCGGUCCAACCUGCACCAACGCUGCCGGAGUCUAUCCUCAAGCCUGAUCACUCUUAUCUUUUCGUAGGAGGGUUGAAAGGUAUUUCUGGUAGUCUUGCCAUUCAUUUAGCCUCCAACGGGGCCAAGCACAUCGCAGUCAUGUCUCGAGGCGGUUAUGAAGACAAGGUGUCUCAGCACAUGGCACGAAACAUUAGAGCACUUGGAUGUUCUCUGAGUUUACAUCAAGGCGAUGUCACUUCCAUCAAAGACGUUAGGAGGGUCUUCAGCGAGAUCUUGGUUCCGGUUGGUGGAAUCAUUCAAGGGGCCGCCGUAUUCAGGGAUCGGACAUUCGAAUCAAUGUCUCACGCAGACUACCACGCUGCUCUAGCCUGUAAAGUGACGGGGACCUCCAACCUACAUUCUGUGUCUCUCGAAACAAACCAACCGAUAACGUUCUUUACCAUGCUUUCAUCCAUCUCUGGUGUAAUAGGCCAGAAGGGACAGGCCAACUACGCUGGUGGCAAUGCAUUCGAGGACGCCUUUGCAGCGUAUCGUCGUGCAUCUGGUUUACCCGCCAUCAGCAUAAACCUCGGGCCUAUUGAAGACGUCGGCGUCAUCUCCAACAAUGAAGAUCUACAGAGCAGGUUCGAUGGAAGCACUUUGCUUGGAAUCAAUGAAGGCCUGAUGCGCCGAAUCUUCGACUACUCAAUCCUUCAGCAGCAUCCAGACCCACAUCGCCGUCUCAAUGUCACCAGCCAAGGCCAGAUGAUCACAAGUCUACUUCUUCCGCAACCUGAAGACAGCGAUCUGCUGCAGGAUAUUCGCUUCCGGGGCUUGCGAGUCCUGGGAGGGGAUGGUCCACGUUCGCGCGGGGACGCCAGCAAAGAUAAAGAGACGCAGACAUUAUUGUUUAUGAUACAGUCCCAGGAUCCCGAUCUUGCGGCCGUGCGGACUGCAGCUAUCGUGGUCGUAGGUUCACGGUUGACAAAGCAGUUGCGCUUGACAGACGCGCUGGACCCGGCGCGUCCCUUAUCAUACUAUGGGUUGGACUCACUGGCCGCUGUGGAGCUACGGAACUGGGUGCGUAUCACAUUAGGAGUUGAGGUCACUACAUUAGAUGUGAUGAAUGCGGCAAGUUUAGGGGAAUUCUGUGAUAAGGUUGUUGGGAAGAUGGGAGUUGCCAUGUAA